AUGACUAUUGAACUUGAUGCUAACAAAGUUUGGAUAGACGGCUGUUUUGAUUUCACUCAUCACGGGCACGCAGGUGCCAUUCUACAGGCACGUAGGACAAUACUUCCGCCAAAUGAAGGUGAGCUAUACUGUGGAGUGCACAGUGACGAACAAAUCACCAUUAACAAAGGUAGACCGGUUAUGACGUCUCCAGAGAGAUAUGAACACACAAGAUCUAAUAGAUGGUGCACUUCAGUAAUUGAAGACGCUCCUUACGUUACACAACCAGAUGUUUUGGACGAGUAUGGCUGUAAAUACGUUGUUCAUGGAGAUGAUAUUACUUUAGAUGCAAAUGGAGAGGAUUGCUAUCAAAUUAUGAAAGAUGUGGGCAGAUUCAAAGUAGUAAAGAGGACUUUGGGAGUUAGUACUACCGAUAUUAUACAUAGAAUCUUGACCGGAAUAUAUCCAUCCGUCGAAGAGCAUGGUGAAGAAUAUUAUCCAGAUGCUGAAAGUUUGAAAUUAUACAGUACAGCAGAGGAUGGCUAUUCGAAACAUUGUUUUGUUUGGAAAGGUGACUUAAAUACUGUACUUGUUGAGGGAGGUUUUAAAAUAGCAGAGAACGAUUUAGUUUUAGUUGUGGGUGAUUUUGAUCUCUUCCACAUGGGACAAAUUGAUCAACUAGCCAACGUUAAGACAAAAAUGUAUGCCAAUAGUCCAAAAUGUAAGUUAAUUGUGGGAGUAACCCUGAGAGAUUUCAAAGAUAGAAACAAAAAUACAAUAAUGACAUUGAAAGAAAGAGUAUUGAGUGUAUUGAGUUGCAAGUACGUUGAUGGUGUCAUAAUUGAUCCUACCGACGAGGACAGUUUUGAAACCAAAUGGGAAAUUGAUACAGAUCCGUUAAUCCAAAGUGGAAAAUUUAGCAGAUAUUUGACCAAGCAAAUCAUAAUAAAUCGUAUCGACGAUCAACGUGAUGUCUACAUAAAGAGAAAUGAGAAAAAAGGCAUUAUUAUUGAAUAG